AGGAGAACACAUCCCCCCCCCCCCCUACUUGAAUUGCAGGAGCUUCGGUUCUCCUUUCCCUGUCCCUCCUCGAUAUACGCCGAUUAUAAAACACUAAACAAUCUUUCACGUUGGAAUACCAGGGAAUAUUCGCUAUUAAACCGGAGGGGAAAGGCGAGGUCCACCGCGCCGCAGUCGGCAGGCAGUCUUCCGGAGGAUAGCGGGUGGAUUCGGGGGACUCUCCGCAAUCAGGAGCCGCGGAUACGGGCUGGGGGAAGGAGGGAUGUCUCGGAAGUUGCAGAGGAGCGAGGUUUGCGCAGACUGUAGCGCUCCAGACCCCGGCUGGGCCUCUAUUAACAGAGGUGUGCUGAUCUGUGAUGAGUGCUGCUCCGUGCAUCGCAGCCUGGGGAGGCACAUCUCCAUCGUCAAGCACCUCCGGCACAGCGGCUGGCCUGCCUCCCUGCUGCAGAUGGUGCAGACCCUGGCCAGUAACGGAGCGAACUCCAUUUGGGAGCACUCCCUCCUGGACCCCGCGCAGGUGCAGAGCGGCCGCAGGAAACCCAACCCCCAGGACAAGGUCCACCCCACCAAGUCUGAGUUUAUCCGUGCCAAGUACCAGAUGCUGGCCUUCGUUCACAAGCUGCCCUGCCGUGACGAUGACGGAGUCACAACCAAGGACUUGAGCAAGCAACUGCACUCGAGCGUCCGCACUGGAAACCUGGAGACCUGCCUGCGACUGCUGUCCCUCGGCGCCCAGGCCAACUUCUUUCACCCGGAGAAGGGCACCACUCCCCUGCAUGUUGCUGCGAAGGCUGGUCAGGUGCUGCAGGCUGAGCUGCUGGUGGUGUAUGGGGCGGACCCCGGGGCCCCUGAUAUCAAUGGCCGGACCCCCAUGGACUACGCCAGGCAAGCGGGUCACGUGGAGCUGGUGGAGCGGCUGGUGGAGUGUCAGUACGAGCUGACGGACAGGCUGGCUUUCUACCUGUGUGGACGCAGGCCAGAUCAUAAAAAUGGGCAUUACAUUAUUCCUCAAAUGGCAGACAGAGCUCGGCCUAAGUGCCCAACACAGAGCCUAGACCUCUCAGAGUUGGCUAAGGCAGCUAAGAAGAAACUACAAGCGCUCAGUAACCGUCUCUUCGAGGAGCUCGCCAUGGACGUGUAUGACGAGGUGGACCGGCGGGAGAACGACGCCGUCUGGCUGACCACUCAGAACCACAGCACUCUGGUGACGGAGCGCAGUGCUGUCCCCUUCCUGCCGGUCAAUCCAGAGUACUCUGCCACCAGGAACCAGGGGCGUCAGAAACUCGCCCGAUUCAACGCCCGCGAGUUCGCCACGCUGAUCAUCGAUAUCCUGAGUGACGCCAAGCGGAGACAACAUGGCAAGGGCCUGACCAGCCCCACAGAUAACCUUGACUACAGCCUGCGUAACCAUGGCGAUGCGGACGACCAGCACGAUUACGACAGCGUAGCGUCGGAUGAGGAUACAGACCAGGAGCUGCUGAGGAGCAACAACUCUGGGAGGAACAACCGGGCCAAGAGCAUGGACUCCUCGGACCUGUCUGACGGGCCCAUCACUCUGCAGGAGUACCUGGAGGUGAAGAAGGCCCUCGUUUCCUCCGAGAGCAAAGUGCAGCAGCUGAUGAAGGUGAACAACAACCUGAGUGAGGAGCUGCGCCGGCUGCAGAGGGAGAUCCACAAGCUGCAGACGGAGAACACCGCCAUCAGGGGUCAGACAGGGGCCGGGCCGUCGCAGGGGUCCGGGGUCGCAGGCGAGCAUUUGGAUCAGGGGGGCGCGCCGGCACCCCCCCGCAGAGACAGGCAGGCCUUCUCCAUGUAUGAGCCGGGCGCCCCCCCCAAACCCUUCGGCCACCAGGGCAUGGACGAGCUGGUCAGCCGGCUGCAGCCGCUACACUCCAACAUCCGGAAGGGUGUCUACAGUGCCCUACACCUCUCGGGGACGCCAGAAGGUGGCAGCAGAUACAUGGUGCCCAAAGGGGACAAACACAGCAGCGGCACGGACAGCGAUUACGACAACACUCAGACACAGGAGCCCUCGCUCAGUGCGUCAGAGGGCCGGUUUGCCCGCGGGGGGAUGGAGGAUGACCCCCGCGCCGAGCUGGAUGAGGGGGACAGUGACCCCGACCCCACCCUGCCCUGCACAGAGGACGUCAUCCUCAAGACGGAGCAGGUGACCAAGAACAUCCAGGAGCUGCUGAGAGCCGCCCAGGAGUUCAAACACGACAGCUUCGUGCCCUGUUCUGAGAAGAUCCACACUGCCGUCACUGAGAUGGCAUCGCUCUUCCCCAAGAGGCCUGUGCUGGACGCGGUGCGGAACUCCCUGCGGUUGCUAAGCGCCAGCGCGUACCGCCUGCAGAGCGAGUGCAGGAAGACUGUACCCCCUGAGCCGGGGGCCCCUGUGGACUUCCAGCUCCUCACCCAGCAGGUCAUCCAGUGCGCCUACGACAUCGCCAAGGCAGCCAAGCAGCUGGUGACCAUCACCACCCGUGAGAAGAAGCAGUGAGAGCAGGGAGCAGGGCAGGGGAGAGGACCGUCACCACCCUGAAACUGAAACACUGCAAGAACACGGAGCGAUCCCUCCUGCACACACCUGCAAACUAAACUACUGACAGCGUCCAGAGGGCCGGAGAAGUAUGUUGUCAUGGAAACCUGUGAGCUACAUUGCCAUGGAGACCUGGCCAAGCCAGUCUCUGAACCCUGAAUUAAGAUUUAAGACUGACUAACACUGGAAUUUAAUGUUUUUUUGUUUUUUACAUGUUAUAUAAAUAUAUAUAAUUUUUUUUGUUAAACAGGCAUUAAUUCUGCUAUUUUAUUUUGUUGAGCGUUUAACUACGGUGGCUCAUUAAGGACAAGUGGGUAAAAAAAAAAAAAAAGUUAAAUUUUUAAAGAGAUCAUUUUCAAAUAAUCUCUCAAUAUUUCCAGUUGGUUGUGUUGAGAUCCUCAGCUUGUUUGUUUAUUGCUUGAACGCUUUUACUUUGUCCCUGGUGAGCUGCCGUAGUUUAGCGUACACACCCUCUCUUGACCGUGCUUGUGGCCUCCCCAGUGUAACUUGUGAGAAAGAAGGGAGACCUAACUGGGACACUAGCUGGUUCCCUAGCCAUAGAACACACACUCCCCACAGUGCAAGAGAUCCCAAACCACUUCCACGGGCUCUGGAGCUUCCCCUUGGCCAGGAGCUGCCUGGAUACAACCCCAGCUUACAUUUCACUUUUAUUACCCCCCUCAGUUUUCACCCUUACAGGCCCAGCAGUUUUGGCACGUUGUUCAUCUGAAGUCUCCACCCCUGUGGAGUGACCUGCGGGGCUUGGAGUGGCUGUGACCUACAUUAGCGUGCCUCUACAUUAGUGGUGUCUCUGAGGAAGUGCCCAGCUCCUUCAAUAGCUGCACUGCACGGGGCUCGGGAGCACAGUGCUUCCCCCCUCUGUUACUGGUGACACACCGCAGUGGCACUUCAGAGCCUGGGAACGAUGGGGCUUUCCCGUUGUAAUGCAAGACAGCGGAGACCAUCUUACUAAUAUCAAAUACAGGGGAUUUGUUCAUUUUUCUUCAAGAUCUGCUUUUUGGAGUGAACAGCAGGUACCUGUGAUGUGCUUGUGGUAAUUUGCAACUACAUUGCGACAGGCAUACGAGAGACAGUGACCCCUCUCACCUGGGCACCUACCAACACCUCGGAAGCAGUACCUUCCUCACUGAAACUGCAAUACACAGCCUGAUGCAGGAGACCUGUGAAAGGACUUUUAAUAACAGGUAAGAAGUGCAACAUGAAAUGAAGUGUACUGUAGACUCCAGCACUGACACCACCCUCCCUCCUAACUUCAACACUUCACCUUUCCAGCGAGCAACAAAUACUGCUGCUACCUUCUCUUGCCUGCUUCUGACACCUGCCUCAUGCACACAGAUGCUCACUCUGAUAGAUAACCAGCUGGCAGUGAUCAUCAACUUGGGGAGGCGGGGGCGAUGCAGGCUCCAGGUCCUGGACUGGUUUUGUUUUUUUGAUAAAUGACGUUCAGGUCAGCUCAGGUGGCAGUUGGAAACACAGCUUUGCCUAACCAGUACCGUAACUGUCUCCACUGGUACGGGGUUGAGCGCGCACGCCGACUUAAAAGCCCCCC